AUGGUAGCCGCCCCUAAGGUAAGAUUUAGUUUGAUUUUAUAUAUUGUGGGGGUCUUUUUGUUCCAGCAGCCUGACGAAUGGGCUUGGGCUGCCGUAAGAAAAAAACGAACCAAGAUUCCCCAAGUGUCUGAGUUCAGAGACCAGGCUCCCAAAAGAGUUUUUGAAGAGCUUGAUGCGACUCUAGAAAAACACUCUCAGUAUGAGGAGCUUGUGGCAUGGGAGCAAAACCAUCAUGAGUUUAGCAUGAACAGAGAGAGAUAA